AUUGACGUCAGUUUGAUCUAUAUGUAUUAGCGGGCCGGGACAGCUGAUAACAGGUAUCUUCCAGAUUUGACACCCCUAAAUUAAAAAAAAAAAUGACGUCAGCUGAUGCCAAGAAAGACCGGCAGCUUGUAGAUUCAAUCACCACUCCAGGCAUAACUGCUGAGCAAGUUAUGGAUAUGUAUAAAUCCUGGGCCAAUUCAUACGACCAAAGCAUGAUAAAAGUUCAGUCCAAGGCACCUAUCUUCGCGGCCCAGGUUGUCAAAGACGUCUUGGGUGACGACAGAAAAGCAUUAAUAUUGGACGCCGGCGCUGGCACAGGGCGUGUGGGGAAAGAGCUCCAAUCUGCCGGUUUUACUAACAUCGACGCUCUUGAUGGCUGCCAAGAUAUGUUAGAUGUUGCCAAGGAGAAAGGGAUUUAUAAGAAGUACAUUUGUGCUUAUCUGGGACCGGACAAGUUGGACAUACCCACAGCACAUUACACGUGUACAGUGUGUGUUGGAACCAUAAUACCUGGUCAUGCCACUGCGGCCUGUUUGCCAGAACUAAUACGCAUAACCAAACCAGGCGGGCACGUGAUCAUAGCGACGCGGGAGGUCCACCUCCCACAUGUCGGACAUGAAGGAAAGAGUUUUGAUGACUGGCUGCAGAUUCACGAAGACGAUAAACUGUGGAGGAAGUUGGAGAGAAAGAGAGUACCAGAAUACCAAGGGGGAUUUGCAGGCAUUGUGUACACUUAUCAAAUCCUGUGAAGUGCCGAGUACUUUUUUAUCAAUACUGUCUUUAUCUGGAAUUGAAGUUAGAAUAUUUUGUUAAAAUAACAACCGCCUUGAAGGUUCUUUUUAGUCAUCUUUCAUAUUGGUUCUGUAAUGAAGAGUAUGACGUCAGUAUAUGACUGACAUUCUUUACGUCUUCUUUUCGUGUGCUCGGUUAACUUCACAAACAUUGAUCUAAUAAAUUUUACUUGCUGUUAAAGUUAUAUCUCGCAAUCUAUCUAUUUUCUGGAAUUGUUAGCAUGUGACAAUAAAUGAUAAUGUUUAUUAUUUUUUGUCAAGAUAGAAGUUCAAAUGUUUUAAAAGACAAAAUAGUUAACGUAGAUUUGAAAAAAAUGUUUUCACGUUUAUGAAAUACGUCAUCAUCAUUUUCGACUUUGGCAAGCC